CGACACGACACGACCGAUCCAUAGCCUCGGCGAGAUCAGAGUUUCUCUUCCGCUUCCCGGAUAAACUCGGAACGUUGUGACUCAGUCCGAGUUAAAACCAUGGAGUUGAUGGAUAUGAGUUCCAUGGCUGCUUCGAUCGGAGUUUCGGUCGCCGUCCUCCGUUUCCUCCUCUGUUUCGUGGCCACGAUCCCUGUAUCCUUCGCUUGGCGAAUCGUUCCGAGUAGACUCGGUAAACACUUGUAUGCUGCUGCUUCAGGUGCUUUACUCUCUUACCUCUCGUUUGGAUUCUCCUCCAACCUCCACUUCCUUGUUCCGAUGACGAUCGGUUAUGCUUCAAUGGCGAUUUAUAGACCCAAGUGUGGAAUCAUCACUUUCUUCCUCGGUUUCGCUUAUCUUAUUGGCUGUCAUGUGUUUUACAUGAGUGGUGAUGCUUGGAAAGAAGGAGGAAUCGACUCUACUGGCGCGUUAAUGGUGUUAACGUUGAAAGUUAUCUCUUGUGCGAUGAAUUACAAUGAUGGGAUGUUGAAGGAGGAGGGUCUAAGUGAAGCUCAGAAGAAAAACCGAUUGAUUCAGAUGCCUUCUUUGAUUGAGUAUUUUGGUUACUGCCUCUGUUGCGGUAGCCAUUUUGCUGGUCCCGUUUAUGAAAUGAAAGAUUAUCUCGAAUGGACUGAAGGGAAAGGGAUUUGGGAUACUUCAGAUAAAAGAAAGCAGCCUUCACCUUUUGGAGCUACAAUCAGAGCUAUUUUGCAAGCUGCGAUCUGCAUGGCUCUGUAUCUCUAUUUAGUACCUCAAUACCCGUUAACUCGGUUCACUGAACCCGUGUACCAAGAAUGGGGAUUCUUGAGAAAAUUUAGUUACCAGUACAUGGCGGGGUUUACUGCUCGUUGGAAGUACUACUUCAUCUGGUCAAUAUCAGAGGCUUCAAUUAUCAUCUCUGGUUUGGGUUUCAGUGGCUGGACUGAUGAUGCUUCACCAAAGCCCAAAUGGGACCGUGCCAAGAAUGUAGACAUCCUCGGUGUGGAACUAGCUAAGAGUGCCGUUCAGAUUCCGCUAGUAUGGAACAUACAAGUUAGCACUUGGCUCCGUCACUAUGUGUAUGAGAGACUUGUGCAGAAUGGGAAGAAAGCGGGUUUCUUCCAGUUACUAGCUACACAAACUGUCAGUGCGGUUUGGCAUGGACUCUAUCCUGGUUACAUGAUGUUCUUUGUUCAGUCAGCUCUGAUGAUUGCCGGCUCACGGGUUAUUUACCGGUGGCAACAAGCCAUCAGUCUGAAAAUGGCAAUGCUGAGAAAAGUCAUGGUCUUCAUAAACUUCCUUUACACCGUUUUGGUUCUCAACUACUCAGCCGUCGGUUUCAUGGUGUUAAGCUUGCACGAAACACUCACAGCCUAUGGGAGCGUAUAUUACAUUGGAACAAUCCUACCUGUUGGAUUGAUUCUCCUCAGUUACGUUGUUCCUACAAAACCCUCCAGACCGAAACCACGCAAAGUAGAAUAAACCGUUCUCACUCUGUCUUCUUCUUUCUCUCUUAAGUCUUAACGGUAAGUAGGUUUCCCGCGCUUGCCAGCUGCUUCUUCUUCAUCAUCAUCAGUAUCAUCAUUACCAUAAACCGAUACGGUUCUUGUUUUCUCUGAUUUUUUAAUACCGAUUAUUUUUUUUUAUUUGCAAAUAGAUUAUACAAUAAAUAUAAAUAUGUAAUUGUAAAUUACAAAUGUGAAAAAGUAUUGUUUACGUUUUGAACUUUUGAUGUUUUUUUUGUUCCUUUUUCUUUACGUUGUAGUAAAUAAAGGAAUAUUACUUAAUU